UCGUCCUCGCCCUCGUCCCGGGUGUGAUACACGCAUGAACCAAGCUCGGAAGUGUCAACAGUAAAGCAGUGGAAGCUCUAGCGCUUUCUUUCUCACACAGGUUGUUGCCUGGAUUCUUUACUUUCUCCCACAAGGAUUUUACGGUCUGCAUCAACUUCUUCAUAUAUUACCGUAACCGUUGCCGUUCCAAUGGCUGAGGCCGGGCGUCCAGAGGACCAGUGUGACGAAGCGGUGGAAGAUGAGUUUGGGGAGAUUAUAAAGUGUCGCUCAGAUGAACGAGAGGACGUUCAGAAGAAGACUUUCUCAAAAUGGAUAAACUCACAGUUCUCCAAGACAGGGAAGCCCCCUAUCGAGGACCUGUUCUCUGACCUGUGUGAUGGCCGCCGUCUGCUAGAGCUGCUGGAGGGACUGGCUGGACACCAACUGGUAAAAGAGAGAGGAUUUACACGUGUUCAUUCGCUCAAUAAUGUCAACCGCGCCCUGCAGAUCCUUCAAAAGAACAACGUUGACCUGGUAAACAUUGGAGGGGCGGACAUUGUUGAUGGGAAUCACAAAUUGAUUCUUGGCCUGAUCUGGAGCAUCAUUCUCCACUGGCAGGUAAAGGAUGUGAUGAAGGAUGUGAUGGCGGGCCUACAGCAGACCAACAGUGAGAAGAUUCUGCUGGGCUGGGUGCGGCAGUCCACCAAAGAUUACCCACAAGUCAAUGUGGUCAACUUCUCCAGCAGUUGGAACGAUGGCCUGGCUUUCAAUGCCCUACUUCACAGCCACAGGCCCGAGCUGUUUGAUUGGAGAACUUUGGAGAAGAAGUCGAGCGCCAUCGAGAGGCUUGACCACGCCUUCAGCAGGGCAGAGGAACACCUGGGCAUAGAGCGUCUCCUGGACCCUGAGGACGUGGCCGUCUCCCACCCUGAUAAGAAGUCCGUCAUGAUGUACGUGACGUCUCUGUUCCAAGUCCUCCCACAUGGGGUCACUAUGGAGGCGGUGCAGGAGGUGGAGGCGUUGCCCAGCACCCGGGUCACCCAGGAGGAGAGCUACACCAUCCAGACACAGCAGCGCUACUCUCAACAGAUUACAGUGAGUGUGGCUCAGGGUCGUGUGCGUAGCCCCUCUCCGUCUCCACAGACGCGCUAUAAGAGCUAUGCCUACACCCAGGCUGCCUAUGUCCAGUCCCCCGAGCAAAAGAGGAGGCGCUUUACUGAUCAGUUGCGCGGGGGCAGCCAGGAUGACCUCCAACGAGGCCUUAGCCCUCUCCCACCAGGCUCCGCCCACCUGGAGGGCUACCAAUCAGCUCUGGAGGAGGUUCUGACAUGGCUGCUGUCAGCGGAGGACAGCCUCCAGGCCCAGCCCUCCAUCUCCUCCCAGGUGGAGGAAGUCAAGGAGCAGUUUCACACUCACGAGGGUUACAUGGUGGAGCUGACGUCUCACCAAGGCAGCGUGGGGCGUGUCCUGCGUGCUGGCUCCGCCCUCCUGGGGGAGGGGAAUCUGAGUGAGGGGGAGGAGUCCGAGGUGCGAGAGCAGAUGAACCUGCUGAACUCCCGCUGGGAGCACCUGAGAGUGGCCAGCAUGGAGCGACAGAGCAGACUUCACGAGGUGCUCAUGGACCUGCAGCACCAGCAGCUAAAGCAACUCACCGAUUGGCUGGAGAUUACAGAGGGGCGUAUCAAGCGCAUGGGGGCUCAGCCAAUGGGACCAGACCUGGAGCACGUCAAACGGCAGGUGGAGGAACACAAGCUCCUACAGGAAGACCUGGAGAUGGAGCAGGUGAGGGUGAACUCUCUGACCCACAUGGUGGUGGUGGUGGAUGAGAACAGUGGAGACAGCGCCACUGCUGACCUGGAGCAGAAACUACAGGUGCUAGGGGACCGCUGGGCAGCGAUCUGUAAGUGGACAGAGGAGCGCUGGCUCCUCCUCCAGGACAUCCUGCUGAAAUGGCAGCACUUCACUGAGGAGCAGGCGCUGUUUGACUCCUGGCUGACCACGAAGGAGGAGCUUGUUCGCUCCAUCAAGACCUCGGGCUUCAAAGAGCAGGCCGACAUGGUGGCUUGUCUCCGGAGGCUGGCGGCUGUGAAGGGGGACCUGGAGGUGAAAAGGCCGACCAUGGAUAAGCUGUGCUCCAUGAGCCAGGAGCUUCUGUCCAGCGUGAAGAACAAGGAGAUGUCCAGCAAGCUGCAGGCCAGGCUGGAGAACUUCGCUCAGCGCUGGGACACUCUGCUGCAGAGCCUGGAGGCUUCACACUCGCAGAUCUCGCUGGCUGUCACCACGGCGCAGUCAGAGAUAACACACUCUGUCAUGGCAACGGUAACCAAGGUGACGACGCGUGAGAAGGUGUCUGUGCGCCAGAGGAAGGAGGAGCUCUCUCCGUCACCACAGAAGAAGAGACAGAUUGUUGUGGACUCGGAGCUCAGGAAGAGGUUUGAUGUGGACUUCACAGAGCUGCACAGCUUCAUGACGCGGUCGGAAGCCAUCCUGCAGAGCCCUGAGUUCUCUGUGUCCCGCAAGGAGGGCAGCGUGCAGGAGCUGCACGAUAAAGUCCUGGAAAUUGACACAGAGCUGGAUGAGAAGAGGGCGGAGCUGGGAGAGGUGCAGGGAUUGGCCAAACAGCUCUCAGAAGCUGGUGCUGCCAAUCUGGUGAAGCCCCGCCUCUCCCAGUUGAUUGGGCGCUGGGAGGAGGUGGAGGGCCAGUUCACACCCUUCAGACGCCAACGUGAUUACCUGUUGGAGCUACAGGGUCUCCUACGCUCCGUGUCAGAGACAGACUUCCUGCUCAACUCUCCAGAGUACUGGCUGGCCUCCUACUAUAACCUACCCCAACAGGAAACAUGCCUUCAGGAGGUACAGCAGAGCGUGGAGAAGCUCUCCCCUCCAGUAGAGGGCGCUCUGGCCAGGAGGGAGGAGGUGGUGUCCCAGGCCAGGCCGGGGGAGGGACGCAGGGUACAGGAAGCUGCCCUGCUCCUCAGCAUCAACUGGGACAAGCUGAAGCAGCUGCUGAACGACAGGCGCACGCGCUGGGAGGGGUGCAAUGCAAAGUGGCACCAGUUCACGGUGGACCAGACUACGCUGGGGGCGUGGCUUAGUGAUGCCGAGACGACGCUGAAGCAGGCGAACUCUGACCCUGCCCAGGCCAGACCACACCUGAAGGAGCUGCAGGAGGGCGCGGCGUCCCAGGGGGCCGUGCUGGAAGGCGUGAACACGGCGGGGGAGGAGAUCGCUCAGCAGAGCACGCCUGACGACUCGGCCCACAUCAGGCUACAGCUCAACACGCUAAACACACGCUGGAACUCUGUGUCCCAACAGCUUAGCGACCACAAGAGGAGAUCUGCAGAUGCGCGCACUGCAGCAGCAGAGCUGCAGGAAGAUAUGAGCGGAUUCCUGGUCUGGUUGGACGAGGCGGAGCAAGUUGUGGCCACGCCCCUGGAUCCUACUGAUCACGCCCACAUCACUGACACUCUGGAGAAGGUCCAGGUUCGCGUUGAGCAGCUGCCGAACAAGAAGAAUGCGGUGGACGACCUGAACGGCAGGCUCGGCAGUGCAUCACUUCCUGCUGACAAGAAGAAGGCCCUGGGCCCCACCAUCAAGAUCAUCAACACACGCUGGACACAGGUGUCCAGGGAGCUGCCUGAGAAGCAGCUCCAGCUGGAGGCCAUGCUGAGGGAGCUGACGGGGCUGCAGCAGCAGCUGUCAGACCUCUGCCUCUGGGCCCGAACCACCAGGACCUCCCUGGAGCAGGGCCCGGAGGACCUGGACCCCAAGCUGGUGGAGGCGGUGCAGGCCAGGCAGCCGGAGGUGGAGUCUGUGCUGGCCAGAGCAGAUCAGCUGUACAAGGACUCGCCCCCUGGCCAACCAGAGAAGGAGCGGUAUGACAAGCUGUCAGAUGAUUGGACGGUUAUCCUGGAACUCCUCCAACGGCACAGAGAAAGGAUGGCUGCCCUCCUCAUCGCCAAGACAACCACCGAGAGUCUAACAGGAAGUACCCAGGGGGAACCUGCAGCUCUGGCCCAGUUCAACAAGACCUGGGCGGAGCUCACUGAUUGGCUGUCGCUGUUGGACAACAUGGUGCAGAACCAAAGGGUGACGGUGGCUGACCUGGAGGACAUCAACGACACCAUGGCCAAGCUGCAGGGCUCUUUACUGGAGCUGGAGCAGAGGCGCCCCCAGCUGGACAGCAAGAUCACUGCAGCACAGAACCUCAAGAACAAGACCUCCAACCAGGAGACCCGCACCGCCAUCACCGACCGCAUUGAUAGGCUGCAGGGCCACUGGGAGGAGUCCCAGGGAAAACUCACUGAUAGGACUCAUCAGCUCCAGAACAUGUUGAAGGACUCCAGUAAUUGGCUGGAAGCCAGGAAGGAGGUGGAGCCUCUCAUCAAACAAGCCAAUGAGAAGCUGGAGUCCUGGAGAGAGAUCUCCUACACUGUGGACGCUCUGAAAAAACAGAACUCUGAGCUUAAGCACUUUGUGAAGGAGCUACGUCAGUGGCAGCCCCUUGUGGACUCGACCAAUCAGCUGGCAGAUAAGUUGUUGACCCUGUACGCAGACGACGACACACACAAAGUCACCCACGUGAACACAGCCUGGGAGCACAUCAAUGAGCGGGUGGGGGACAGGGAGGCAGCUCUGGAAGCAGCUCUCCGCCUCCUGCAGCAGUUCUACCUGGACCUGGAGAAGUUCCUCAGCUGGCUGGCCGAGGCAGAGACCACCUGCAGCGUCCUGCUGGACGCCACGCACCAGCAGCAGCUGCAGGAAGACCCCGACGCUGCACGCCACCUGCUGGGCCAGUGGAAGGAGCUUCAGGAGGAGAUUGAUGGCCACACUGAGCUGUACCACUCCCUGGAUGAGAAGGGCCAGCGUAUCCUGGCGUCGCUGGGCGGCUCCGAUGACGCCUCGCUGCUCCAGCGUCGCCUUGACAACAUGGGGCAGCGGUGGGAGGAGCUACGCAGCAAAGCCCUCAGCAUGAGGGCCCACCUGGACUCAGAGAUGGCACCGUGGAAACGGGUCCACAUGACCCUGCAGGAACUGCUGAACUGGUUGCAGGUCAAAGGUCAGCAGCUGGAGCAGGAGCCACCAGUAGGGGGCGACGUCCCAGCGGUACAGCUGCAGCUGGACACACACCGGGGUUUCAGGAGGGACCUGAGGGCUAAGGAGCCGGUGGUGAGCAGAGCGUUGGAUGACGUCAGAGUCUUCCUGUCUGAGCUGCCUGCUGAGGACACCCCCCCACCAGACAAGAGAGAUAUCAGCCCAGAGGAGCGUGCCCAGAACGUGGGGCGUGUCCUGAGGAAGGAGGCGGAGGACGUGUCAACAGGGUGGGAGGGGCUAAAUGCCGACGCGGUGGAUUGGCAGAGGAGGCUGGAGCUGGCUCUGGAUAGGCUGAUGGAGCUGCAGGAGGCGGAGGAUCAACUGGACGUGCGUCUGGGACAGGCCGAGAUGGUGAAAGAGGCGUGGCAGCCCGUAGGAGACCUGCUCAUCGACUCUCUGCCAGAACACAUAGACAGGGUGAAGGCGUUCCAGGAGGAGAUCGCUCCCAUCAAAGACGACGUCGGCCAUCUUAACCAGCUGGCUUCCACCUUCGGCCCUCCGGACAUCACGCUGUCUGAGAACAACCUAGAGCGCCUGGACGAGCUCAACACACGCUGGAAGCUGCUGCAGAUCUCCAUCAGAGAGCACCUCAAGCAGCUGACGGAUGCUCACAGAGAUUUUGGCCCUCAUCUGCUACUUGGCUCAGUUCAGGAACCGUAUGAACAGGCCAUCUCCCCCAACAACGUGCCCUACUAUAUCAACCACCAGACCCAGACCACUUGCUGGGACCACCCCAAGAUGGCGGAGCUCUACCAGUCUCUGGCGGACCUCAACAACGUGCGUUUCUCCGCCUACCGCACUGCCAUGAAGCUGCGGCGUCUGCAGAAGGCCCUCUGUCUGGACCUGCUGGGCAUGCCGGCGGCAUGCGAGGCGUUCGAGCAGCACGGCCUCCGCCAGAACGAGGCCCUGAUGGACAUGGUGGGCGUGGCCAGCUGCCUGACGUCCAUCUACGAGCGUCUGGAGACGCAGCACACCAGCCUGGUCAACACGCCGCUCUGCGUCGACAUGUGUCUCAACUGGCUGCUCAACGUCUACGACACUGGUCGGAGUGGGAAGAUCAGGACCCUGUCCUUCAAGACUGGGAUCAUCUCUCUGUGUAAGGCUCACUUGGAAGACAAAUACCGCUUCUUGUUCCGCCAGGUGGCCAGCGCCACGGGCUUCUGUGACCAGCGGCGCCUGGGGCUCCUCCUCCACGACUCCAUCCAGAUCCCUCGUCAGCUGGGGGAGGUGGCCUCCUUCGGGGGCAGCAACAUCGAGCCCAGCGUCCGCAGCUGCUUCCAGUUUGCCAAUAACAAGCCCGAGCUGGAGGCGUCCAUGUUCCUGGACUGGAUGCGUCUGGAGCCCCAGUCCAUGGUGUGGCUGCCGGUGCUGCACCGCGUGGCUGCAGCAGAGACGGCCAAGCACCAGGCCAAGUGUAACAUCUGCAAGGAGUGUCCCAUCAUCGGCUUCAGGUAUCGGAGUCUGAAGCACUUCAACUACGACAUCUGUCAGAGCUGCUUCUUCUCUGGACGCGUUGCCAAAGGACACAAGAUGCAGUACCCUAUGGUAGAGUACUGCACACCGACGACAUCAGGGGAGGAUGUGAGAGACUUUGCCAAGGUUCUGAAGAACAAGUUCAGGACCAAACGCUACUUUGCCAAACACCCUCGUAUGGGUUACCUUCCUGUCCAGACCAUCCUGGAGGGAGACAACAUGGAGACUCCUGUCACUCUGAUCAACUUCUGGCCUGUAGAACAUGCCCCCGCCUCUUCCCCCCAGCUGUCUCAUGACGACACACACACGCGUAUCGAGCACUACGCCAGCCGGUUAGCAGAGAUGGAGAAUCGUAACGGCUCAUAUCUGAAUGACAGCAUUUCGCCCAAUGAGAGCAUUGAUGAUGAACACCUGCUGAUCCAGCACUACUGCCAGAGUCUGAACCAGGGCUCUCCUCUCAGCCAGCCCCGCAGCCCCGCCCAGAUCCUCAUCUCCAUGGAGACGGAGGAGAAGGGCGAGUUGGAGAGAGUCCUCAACGACCUGGAGCAGGAGAACAGGAAGUUGCAGUCGGAGUACGACCGCCUGAAGAAGGCCCACGACCACCAGGGUCUGUCCCCGCUGCCGUCGCCCCCGGAGAUGCUGCCCGUGUCGCCCCAGAGCCCCCGCGACGCCGAGCUCAUCGCGGAGGCCAAGUUGCUACGGCAACACAAGGGCCGCCUGGAAGCCCGCAUGCAGAUCCUGGAGGAUCACAACAAACAGCUGGAGUCUCAGCUCCACAGACUCCGACAGCUGCUGGAGCAGACGGACUCCAAGGUGAACGGUACAGCCUUGUCAUCUCCCUCCACCUCCUCCCAGCGCUCCGACUCCUCCCUGCCCCUCCUCCGCGUGGCAGCCAGUCAGACCACCGAGACCAUGGGUGACGACGAGUUGUCCAGUCCUUCCCAGGAUGCAUCAGGGCUCGAGGAAGUCAUGGAGCAACUCAACAACUCCUUUCCUCACAGCCAGGGUGUGGGCGUGGGCAGUCUGUUCCACAUGGCCGAUGACCUGGGCCGUGCCAUGGAGUCAUUGGUCAACGUGAUGACAGACGAGCAGGACACCCAAUAGCACGCCGCCCUUGCCCCCUCCAGCCCCACACCCCACCGCAUGCUUUUCUAGUCAAAACAACUGGAUUGGACAAGUUUACAAAGAGAAUAUUCAUCUAUUUUUGUGAAGGAUCACGGUUAGAGACGUGAAGAUUUCAGUAGUUUCCUAAGUCUUGAAAUUGUUUUAUUAACAGACGCAGGUUUUUAAACUUCUAUGCAAUUGUAUAAAAAAGAAAAGAAACCAGUAUGUAUGUACGUGUGUGUGUGUGCGUGUUUGUCCUGUGGAUGUAUUUGCCAUUUCUUUGUAAUGGACAAGGCAUUUCGGAUCUUUGUAUGGAAAAGAGAGAUUGUAACUAUAAGGGUGCUUUGUAUUACAAAAACGUUUAUAACCACAGAAUAUAUACUACUGUAAAGGCCAUGCAGACACCCUGUACCCUUUUAGCGUCGUGUGCCUGUACGUACGUGUGUGUGUGUGGGGAGGUAUGAUUUAUCCACAUAACAUUAUAGCUUUUACUUUCUGGCUAAUCCACUUCCAUGUUUUUAUCCAUCCAUCAGCCAUCCAUCCAUUUGUUAGUCUAUCACUGCACAUCUGGCAGAACUAGCCUGUCACUCCCGUAUGGGCAGGGGCGGGGCUUAGAGGAGGGCGGGGCAGACUAAGGUAGAAUCUUUUAUGAAUGUAAUCACUUCCAGGACUGGAGUGUUUCAGAUGACACUACUCCCCUAAUCUGACCUGGAUGAACCCUCCAGCACGCUCGGUAACGCCGUCCUGCCACCCCCCUCCCCGACACUACUGACCAGACAGACUACUGACAGCCCCAAUGCACAUUACUGUUGUCCUGGAAACAGUCCAUCUUCAUCUGUGUGCCGCUGAUGAUGGUGUUUGUUUUAGUUGUGUUGCUGUGGGUGUGUGGCGCCACAAGUGACUGCAUGUGUGCACGCACACACUUUAUUUAACGUGUGCCCACCUCAAGGUACUCUGCGUGAUUCUGUAGUGUCGUCAUGACAACAGUCUUGUGUGCUAUGCUGGGAAAGCAUGAUCAAAGAGAUUAUUAUUUUAUCGUUUUAUCUGGUUGUUACCCUCUUAUAAUUAUUCAUAUUCAUUUCUAACGCUUGAGUUACAUUGUCGUCCAUUGCUUUCUCAAUAACUCAUUUGUUUUUUGUUUUUCCACAACAUAUCAGACUCCACCAGAUAUAUGCCUUACUAUUGUAUCAUAACAGGCUUUACUGUGUAUAUCAAUAAAGCACGCAGUUGAGUUGACUUGUA